ACGAUGUAAACUAAGCCUAUGUCUAUGGUCGAGAUAAUCGAUCGUGUCAUCUUAUAAGUAACCAGAACCAGCUGUUAUAUUUGUCGGAGGAUUUGUCGCAAUUGUAAAUUUGCGACCGUUCGGGAUUUGUCGAUCAGUCACGUUUAUUUCUUAAGAUAUAUAUGGAAACACAUAAGUGAUUUUUUAUCGUUGCUAAAUUCUACGUUAUAUGUGAAACAUGUCACGGCAUCGAGAUGUUCGUUCUAUGAAUUACUCCGACGGUAACCACAGCAUGUGUUAGUAUGAUGGCUAUGAUGAUGUCUACGGUCAUUCAAUGGAGGAUGAUUAUUGUGUAUCACCUAGUGUGGAGCAGUUUUUAUUUGAUCGAAGCAAACAACAGAAUAUUGCUUCAUUCAUCACAGAACCAGAUAUCGUGGAAGAUAAUGAAGAUACUGAUGAAUCUUUACCAUCAACUAAUGAGGAGAAAUAUAAUCUUUCUGAAUUAGAAAGGACAAAGUUAAUAUCUUGUUUGGAAACGAUUAGAAAUGUUAUAGGAGACACAGUAUCUGAUUCUAAAUUGAAGGAGAAAAUUGUUCUGUCAAAUUUUGAUGCAAACAUAGCACUCGAUGCUAUUUUGAAGGAGUUAUCGCCAAAAAGAGUCAUUAAUUCUACAGUGAAUAAGAAGCAAUUGGAGCGGCAUUCAGGUAGCAAAUUAUCACCGAAACCUACGUUACAAGUUACAACACCAUCUACUGUAAAGGUCGUUCCAACCGGGACAAAACCUGUUGUGAAGGGUUUUGACUUAAGUAAUGUAGAAAACACAGAAUUAUUGAGUCCGCGUUGUGAGAGUCCGUCUUCCAAUCGAAAUAGUCCCGAGAUCAAACGCAAAGAGGAUAUCAUACAAAAGGAAAAAAGAACAAUCUCGUCGAAAACGAAUAGUCCAAGAUGCCAGUCACCUGUAUCGGGCCUGUAUCCAGAAUUAGAUUCCAAAGUAAAAUCUAGUACAUCUAACGAGAAUAGUAAAGUGGAUAUUGAAGCGAUAUACAAAAGCAAAAGAAGCGAUAACAAAGAACAGCUUCAUUUAGUGGUUGUUGGACAUGUUGAUGCUGGAAAAAGUACAUUGCUUGGGCGACUACUUUGUGAUUUAGGUCAAGUGCCACAGAGACUCAUCCAUAAAUAUCAACAAGAGAGCAAGAAAAUAGGAAAGCAGUCGUUUGCUUAUGCUUGGGUAUUCGAUGAGACUGGUGAAGAAAGAGAGCGAGGAAUAACAAUGGACAUAGGUCACUCCAAGUUCGAAACAGACACAAAAUCUAUCACUCUCCUAGAUGCACCGGGCCAUAAGGAUUUUAUUCCAAAUAUGAUAACUGGUGCUACACAAGCAGAUGUAGCUUUAUUGGUGGUAGAUGCAACCAGAGGCGAGUUUGAAACUGGUUUUGAUAGUGGGGGACAAACGCGCGAGCACGCCCUAUUAUUACGCUCUUUAGGAAUAUCGCAACUGGCAGUUGUUGUUAAUAAGCUGGAUACUGUAAAUUGGUCUAAGGAUAGAUUCAAUGAGAUAGUAGACAAAAUGAGUGUGUUCUUGAAACAAGCUGGCUUCAAGGACACUGUCACUUUUGUACCUUGUAGCGGUUUGUCUGGAGAGAAUGUUGUAACAAAAUCAAAAGAGCAGCUCUCCAAAUGGUAUACCGGAUAUACUCUGGUCAAUGUUAUUGAUAAUUUCAAAUGCCCAGAACGGCCUAUAAAUAAGCCAUUCCGUUUUUCGGUAAACGAUAUAUUUAAAGGUACCGGAUCUGGAUUCUGUGUGUCUGGUCACGUUGAGACUGGUAUGGUGUCUUUGGGUGACAAAGUUUUAAUACUACCUCAAAACGAAAUCGCAGUUAUUAAAGGUCUCCAGUCGGAUGAAGUUCCAACAGCAAAUGCGUUUGCCGGUGAUCACGUCGCGCUGACAUUAGCGGGGAUCGAGCAGCAGAAUGUGGGUAUCGGCGAUAUCAUUUGUAAUCCACAAAAUCCAAUAUCCGUAACGACCUGCUUUCAAGCGCAUGUUGUUAUAUUCGCGAUAGCGAAACCGAUUACGAAAGGGCUUCCAGUAGUGAUGCAUCAACAAUCUUUGGUACAACCGGCGAUUAUCACGAAAUUAAUAGCGCAACUUCAUCGAAGUACCAGCGACGUGAUCAAGAAGAAGCCACGUUGCUUACCAAAGAACUCUAGCGCGAUUAUUCAAAUUGCAACGCAAACACCAGUCUGCAUGGAAUUGUAUAAGGACAUUAAGCAAUUAGGAAGAGUUAUGUUACGGUUAGAAGGUGUCACUAUUGCAGCUGGUUUGAUUAUUAAAAUUUUGUAAUUCUGAUGAGAUAUUAAUGAAGUUUCGAAUAAUGUAACGUAAUUUAUAAACAUUAGAAAUAUUUUGUUUAAAUCAUAUUUCCAUCACAUGAAAUGAUGUAAACUCUAUAGGUUGUUAGUUUAUGUACAACAGUACAGAAAACUUUACUCAAUUAUUCAAGACUUUUUCCUUUUAGUGUAAGUUUUACACACACACACACACACACGUGUGUGUGUGUAUUUGUAAUUGUUUGUACCUUAAAUAAGUUGUAAAACUAAUUUGGCACAUUCAUUAAAGAUAUGAUUACAUUAUUUCUUACAAUUUAUAACUGCAUUCUGAUAUUCAUUAUCAAUGUUGAAAAUCUACAGGAUAUAUAUAUCACAGAUUUUCAAAAUUAAGUGACCAGAACACAGCCUCUCAAUUAUUUUUCAUAUUAUUUAUUACUGAUUGAACUUUUCAUAAUUAUACAUCAUCAAAGAAAUAAUCCUAAAUUAUUAAAGUCUUAUAUGUAUCUUUGUAUGUAAAUAUAUUACGAUGCUUAUGAAAUUAAUAUUUUAUAAAAACCACAAAAAUGUAAUGAAUUAUAAUCAUAAUUUUAGACAUUAAAUAUAUCCACAAAUUCUUAUCAUAACAAAAAAUACUAGAUAAAUUGAUACAAAUAUAAUUAUUCAUCUCUGAAUUAUAUCAAUUUCAAUACUAGUUAUACUCGUUUUUUCUAAUAUUAAAAUGUAUAUAACAAAGUCAACUAUGUAUCUCGUGCGCUCAUAUUAACAUAAAUAUAUAAAAAAUAAAA